UCUGACAUUGAUGAUCUCAGAGGUGACACUAGUUAACCCCUGUCCCUGAGUCGCGAAGCAAGUGAUGUCAUCUUUGGUCCUGAUUCUGUCACCCCGAACGCGGCACGCAUUGGGGGUGUGUUCACCACCGCCAGCAAAUCUGUGGAUUGGAAAUUCCCUCAGCCUGCCAUUUAAAAGCCACAAGCAAUCCGUGGCUCAGCAGGCCGACCGCACGGCAAAAUAUGUAGGCUAGAUGGACACAGAGGACGGCGGCGACUCGGUAUAGGUUUGUUAAAUGGGAAAUCUGAUGGGCAGUUUGCGCUACAAGGAGCCGAGCACUGUGGAAGAAUGCGACUCGACAUGGGAGUCGGACUCGGAAUGGGACGAGCAGCCGGGUGAUGAGGACAGCGGGAUAUCGGAGUGUGUCAGUCCGUCGGAGACAGGGAGAUGCGACGAACUAGUGGACAUGUCCGGGCAGCUCUCUCAGCUCUCUGACUCUGAAUCCAGCAACAAGAUGAAGAGGAGUCUUUAUGCUGCAAAGGAUCUUUACAAAUAUCGCCACAGCUACCCGAACUACAAGGAGCCCCGGUUACCUAAUGAGUACCGCAACCUUCGCUUCUACCUGAACAAGAUCCCUCUAAUACCAGAUGGUAUCUUCAUUGAGGAGAUCCUGACCAAAUGGAGAGGAGAUUAUGACAAACUGGAGCACAAUCACACCUACAUACAGUGGCUUUUCCCUCUGAGGGAGCAAGGGCUCAACUUCUAUGCUCAAGAACUCACUCAGGAGGAGAUCAAGGAAUUCCAAAGCACUCGGGAGGCCAAGCGGCGAUUCUUGCUGGCAUACACACUCAUGCUGGAUUUUUACGGAAUCAAACUCCUGGAUAAGAUUGGGAAUGUCACCCGAGCUUCCAACUGGCAAGAACGCUUCCAGCACCUCAAUGAGUCACAGCACAACUACCUGCGGAUCACACGCAUCCUCAAGUCUCUGGGUGAGCUCGGCUUCGAGGCCUUCAAGGCCCCCCUGGUGCAUCUGCUGCUGGACGAGGCUCUGUGUCGAGGCACCCUGCCCAACAUGCUGCACAGCAUCCUGGAGUACUAUGUCUACACCAUCCGCCUCCGCUCCCUCCGUCGCAGACUGCUCCGCUACGCCCACCAGCACUACCAGCCGGCCAACACCUUCCUCUGGGGGCCCCCAGCCAGGAGGAGAGGAGCUGGGGCUGGGCCAGGAGGCAGGGUGGCAGAACCCAUCCUGGAGAGGGAGAGGAGAGGAGGAGACCCCCAUAGGGCUCGGAGUCCAAUGACGAAGCAGGACUCAGUGGGAGGGGGGGAUGGGGGAGGAGAGGGGAAGGGAACCAAGGGCUGUACUGCCUCCACCAAAACCCUCCAGGAGGGGGUGAAGGGAGAGUACAUUGAGACUGUACCAUUGUAAGACUGGAGGGAUAAUAGUUGUGGGGAGAAGUGGUGUAUGUGUUGAGGG